AUGGAAUUCACAUUGGAAAUUUUUCUUGUUGCUUUUAUCUUGUUGGUGGCAUUGGCAUUUUACUAUGAACAUCCAAAGGCUGAAAUCCCUCGAGAAGUGGAUCAGCACAUAAAGCUUUACAUUCUUCAUUACGUCGUGAACUUUGCCUUUGGUCUGUCCUGGAUCAGAGAUGCAGGCAAUCCCUUCUUUCAGGAAUCUCAGCCCAACACAAAUGCCCGAUCUCAGAGAGUAAAAUCUACCUUAAGAAUGGACUCUAAUCAGAGACUUAGGGGAAGGAUUUUGGAGAAACUGGGCAUCUGUAAGGAGGUUUACCUCAUCAGGACCUUCUUGUAUGGAAUACCACCUUGGAAGGAUAAUGCUAAUCUCUUCAUCGAGGACUUGAAGUUUGCAAAGGUGUCAGUGAGGGUUUACCACCCGAAAGUGCCAUCUGCUGGACAAAGGAGAGGAGUCCUUUACCUUCACGGAGGAGUUGGCCAGAUUGGAAGCAUAGGCAUGUAUGAAAGAGUAUGCCGUUUUAUUGCCAGGAGAAGCAACUCAGUGGUUGUGUGUGUUGGGUAUCGUUUGGCUCCUGAGCACCCAUAUCCAACCCAGUUCUUGGACUGUCUUACUGCCACGGUACAUUUUAUGACGACAGCAGAAGACUAUGGGGUGGAUCCCACCCGUAUUAUCAUCUGUGGAGACAGCAGUGGAGGUACACUCGCUGCUGCUGUUUGCCAAACCCUGGUGAGUAGAACAGACCUCCCAAAGGCACGAGCCCAGAUCCUGCUCUAUCCAUUUCUCCAAGCUGUGGACUUUAAUUUGCCUUCAUAUCAGCAAAAUGGUUCAGUCCCCCUCUUGUUAAAGAAACGGACCAUUACACUUGGUAUGCAGUAUCUCAAUCAGGACUUGUCACUGAUGAAAGGUAUCCUAGAAGGUUCCCAUGUGCCUGAGGAUUUGAAACUGAAGUUUAGCAAAUGGCUGAGUCCAGACAAUAUCCCCAUGGAAUUUAAGAUCAGAGGCUACAAACCAUCUGCAUCUGCUACAUAUUCAGAAGAACUUUACACUUUGGCCAAACCAGUUUUUGAGACCACCUUUUCCCCACUCUUAGCUGAAGAUGCCAUUGUUCGCCAGCUCCCAGAGACUUUCAUCUUGACCUGCGAGUACGAUGUGGUCAGGGAUGAUGGACUGUUGUACAAGAAAAGAUUGGAGGACAAUGGCAUUCCGGUGACUUGGUACCAUUUAGAGAAUGGAUUCCAUGGAGCACUAUUCCUAAUUGACUAUGGGUAUAUUUCAUUUCCAUGUGGAAAGAGAGCAAUGAAAAAUGUAGUAAACUUUAUAAAAGACUUAUAACCACCACCCCUCAAAAAACAAAAAUACCCCCCUCCCCCAUUCUUCAGAUCUGGGCGCCUUGCAUUCCUUUCCCAAAGUGAUACCUCUGAGUGGCCACAGAAAUUACAGGAAACUCUCAGAUUUCAAUGAUCUUUGCUCAGCUCUGAAAUACUGGCUAUGGGGCUGCCCCCACCCCGUGGCUGCUGUUUCUGGCUGCUUGUGACAAGUGCAGCUGGAGGAGCUUAAGAUUCCCCUCCUUCUGCUACUCAGCUGGUCUUCCAGGGAGAGAUUUGUGCAGUGCUGCCCAGGGGAUGGGAGAAAACACUAGGGCUGGGAAACUGAACAGACCUGGGGCUGAAUCUGGAGGUAAUGGUGUGGGGGAUGAAUUGCAGGGGAGGGGAGGGAAAAGUGAAAUGGUGACUCCUGGGGAG